AUGGAUCUGACAGUGGAGGACGAAAAGCCGCCGCCAUAUGUCCAGUACCAUUCCGGUGACGCCUCUGUCACUUUCAUGGCAGCCGACCAACCACCAUCACAGGAACCACCGGACAAAGCACGUGGAUGCCGGUGCACAAAGAUGAAGUCACUCGGAGUCGCUGUCAUGCUAUGCCUCGUCACAACGGUGGCAGCCUUGGCGUUGUUCUUUCUACAGCGCGCCGACAUUUUACCGAAGGCGGAACACUCAAAGACGGCUGCCGCAGUUGACGUCACCAACCUCCACUUAUUGGGAGCCGAUAAUCGCUUCAUCACCGUUGUCUGGGAUCGACCUCAGGACAACUUUGACUUUUACUUGCUGGAUGUCAUCAUCGGAAAUAGUUACAGAUCUGACGCUCUACUAAAAGAUCAUCCCGGAUCCUGUGGGAACGGCACCAUCAUUAGCGCUCAGAAGACGCAAGUAACCUGUGGCCCUUACGAAGCCUGCUCCAGCGUCAGUAUCACUGUUCGCACGUUCAGCAAAGGCCCGCCAGAACGCACAUCGAUGGGAACUACACUGAAAGACGUUUUCAUCAAUGGCCAAGAUCCGGGUGAACCACGGAGCAUCGCCAUGGUUGCUAAGGCUCCGCCCACGACACGCAUUUUGUGGGAACCACCAGCGAGUUUCGACGGCACUCUGGGCGUCUACAAAGUGAAGGUGUGCAAGAAGUCGACAACUUGUGACGAGAAGGAAAAAUUGGCAGGCUGCGUUGAGCGGGAGGUUUCAGAUGCGUGGAUGGAGUUCGGCAGUGUCGAAGACACCUCGUACUGCGUCUUCGUCUCGGCAAGCGCGCGGUGUGGUGAGAAGGCACUGGCCGGCCCAACAGCGUCACAGGAAGUGAGAACGCCGCUAUUCGGACUUCCGGACGUGUCUAAGCUAGCAGUGCUAGCUGUCAAGAGUGGCUACGUUACCUUAUCCUGGCAGCGCCCCAAGAGGCGCUUCGACUACUACUCUGUCGAGGUAACCGAAGACCAAGCCAGAUCUACGAGGAAUUCCCAGCAGUGGCACCGUUUGUGCGCCAACGGAACCAUCAUUCGUCCUGACCAGACGGAAGUGACCUGUGGUCCCUUCGAGCCGUGUACCUUCUUGUCAUGCACCGUUCAUACUCACUUCAACGGACCACCAGAGCACAGGUCUCCUGGACUGACAUUAAAAGACAUCUUCAUCCCCGCUGAAGAUCCGAGCCCGCCAACAAACGUUACGAUGAUCCCCGAAUCACCGUUACGGAGCACGCUGCGCUGGGGUCCGCCAGACAAAGUGUUUGGUACCAUAGUGUCAUACAGUGUCAAUGUAUGCAGCACAUUCGGGUCAUGCGACCCAGCUGAAAAAAUGAGCGAUUGUGCGGAGCAGACCACGACAAAAAUGUGGACAGUGUUUGACAGCAAAGCGGACACCUCGUACUGCAUACUGAUUGCGGCAACGAUACGCUGUGGGGUGGACAGAAUCACCAGCCGUCAGAUGGCGGCACAAGUACGGACCCCUAUAUUUGAUCUGCCCGAUGUAAGCAACUUCAGAUUGCUUUCUGCGGUGGAUAGCUCCGUAACAGUUGCUUGGAGAAAACCUGACGCUCGCUUCGAUUACUACUGGGUCUCCAUUGAUGAAGAAGUGGAUCAGCGCAGUAGUGGUGAAAAGGUGACCCCUGGAUAUUGUGCAAACGGCACAAUUCUGCACCCUCACAUGACCCAGCUUACGUGUACAAGCCUGAAGGCUUGUGCCAGAGUCGACAUCACACUAGGUACGCACAGAAACGGACCACCAGAGCAUACAUCUCGUGGAGUUCGCCUCCAAGGAAUCUUUAUCCCCGGUGAAGAACCAGAUCCUCCGAAGAAUAUAACCUUGGUCGGAAAAUCAUCUUCGCUUACACGCCUACAGUGGGAGCCAUCAGAAAAUGUUCCCGGAAGAUUUCUGGCAUACACUGUGAAUAUAUGCACCACGUUCGAAUCUUGUGGCAAAGAGGAUAAGACGAGCAACUGUACCGAAUUAGAGACCUACGAUACUUGGCUUAAUUUUCACAGCAGCGUCGACACCAAGUACUGCAUCAUGGUUGUGACAAGAUCGCAAUGCGGUGAACAUGUUUUAAGAAGUCGUCCAGCGGUAGCGGAAAUGCGGACGCCUCUAUUUGAUCUACCCGACGUAACCAAUCUUGACUUAGUGGCUGCCGAUAAUCACUAUCUCACUGUGGCUUGGCAUCGACCUCGGCUUAGCUUUGACUUCUACUGGCUCAAUGUCACCGGCGGCUUUGAAAAUGGAAGUGACAGUCUAUCGAUGCGCACUGCGCGUGCCUGUGGCAAUGGAACCAUCAUUCACCCUCAGCAGACUCAGAUCACCUGUGGCCCUUUUGACUCCUGCUCCAGCGUUGAUGUCACCAUUCGCACGUACAAUAAGGGACCACACGAACUCAUGUCAAAGGGAACUACCUUAAGGGACAUUUUCAUCGGUGGUGAAGAUCCAAGUGAACCCAGGAGCAUCAACGUGGUGGCAGAAUCACCAACCUUGUCUAUACUCAAAUGGCAGGCUCCCUCUCGUAUAAGUGGCAUCCUUGACGUGUAUCGUGUAAAAGUUUGCGAGGCCUUCACAACGUGUGACGACAACCAAAACACAAGUUACUGCGCGGAGUACGAGACAUUGGAUGAGUCGUUGGAUAUCAACACCGCAGAGGACUCCCUUUACUGCAUCCUUAUCACGUCAAAUGUGUGGUGUGGCCGAAAUGUCCUCACCAGUCUCCCAGCUACACUGGAAUUCAGGACGCCUCUUUUCAAACUCCCUGAUGUGUUCAACCUGGCACUGGUGCGCGUCAAGAUGGGCUACGUAACUAUAUCCUGGCAGCGACCCAAAAGUCGCUUCGACUACUACUCUGUCGAGGUGUACGAAAACGAGGAUAGCGGUGCAAGCGCUGGCCAUCAAUGGCACCGUUUGUGCGCCAACGGUACCAUCAUUCGACCUGACCAGACGGAAAUGACGUGUGGACCAUUCGAGUCAUGCACCAACUUGUCAUUCACAGUGCGUACUUAUUUCAAUGGACCACCAGAGCGUAGGUCUCCUGGAGCGACACUAACGGGCAUCUUUAUCCCUGCCGAAGACGCGAGUCCUGCUACGAACGUCACGAUGAUCCCCGAAUCACCAAUGCGAACUCGACUACAGUGGGGGCGGCCGGAGAGAGAGACCGGUAUUAUAGAGUCGUACAGUGUGAAAAUGUGUGCCCAGUUUAGUUCAUGUCACCCAGAUGAAAAGUUGAGAGAUUGUGCAGAGCAGGUGACGACAGAGAUGUGGACUUCGUUUGACACCAAAGAGGAUAUUUCUUACUGUGUACUGAUUGCGGCAAAAAUACGCUGUGGCAUGGACGAAAUAAGCAGCCGGCGUGUGACAGCAGAAAUUCAGACUCCAUUGUUUGACCUGCCAGAUGUAAAGGACCUCAAACUCCUCUCCGCUGGUGAUAAUGCCGUAACCGUUGCGUGGAAGAAACCGGAGGUUCGCUUCGACUACUACUGGGUCUCUGUUGCCGCAGAAAAAGAUGGGGAUAAUGAAAUGGGCACCGUAGGAUCGUGCGGGAACGGCACAAUUAUUCAUCCUGAUCAGACCCAAGUGACAUGCACGAACCUCGAGGCUUGUGACAGAGUGAACAUUACCUUACGUGCGCACAGAAACGGACCACCUGUGCACACAUCAGGGGGAGUUCGCCUUCAAGAUAUCUUUAUCCCAGGGAAAGAGCCAGAUCCGCCGAAGAAUAUAUCUAGCGCUGGCAGAUCACCAACACUUACCCGUCUACGCUGGGAACCGUCGGCGCAAGUCUCGGGAAGAUUUCUCGAGUAUACCGUAAAAAUGUGCACCACGUUCAAGUCUUGCACUCGAGAAGCGGGCAUGAGUGACUGCGCCGUAGUUCAGACUUACGACAGCUGGCUGGAUUUCCACAGCCGCGCCGACACCAGCUACUGUGUCGGAGUUUCAGCGAGCUCACAGUGUGGCGAGAAUGUUCUCAAGGGUCGUCCAGCAGUAGCAGAGAUACGGACACCUUUGUUUGAACUACCCGACGUCUCAAACGUGACCACAGGCGUAGAAAAGGGUUACAUUAUGCUAUCCUGGCAGAGACCCCAAGGUCGCUUUGACUACUAUUCUAUAAAUGUCUUCGUGAACACCAGCGGGAUCGAUUCCCAGGACAAGCUAGGCUUGUGCGCCAACGGCACCAUCAUUCGAUCAGAUCCGACGAAACUCGCCUGCGGACCAUUCAAGCCGUGCACGAAGUUGUCCUACACCAUGCGUACUCACUUGAAGGGACCACUAGAGCUCAGUUCCCCUGGUGUGACAGUAACGGAUAUCUUCAUACCCGCUGAAGAACCACAUCCACCAAGAAACAUCACUAUGGUACCGAUAUCAUCAUCACGUACCCAACUGCACUGGGACCAUCCGGAUAAAGGGAACACAGUUACACAUUCUUUUAACGUGACGAUAUGUCGAACGUUCACGGCAUGUGCCAAGGCAGAAUACUUGAGAGAUUGCAAGGUGUACAUGGCGCCGGAGAGGGCCAUAACCUUCGACAGCACGGCGGAUACGGCCUACUGCGUGCUUGUUACCGCAAAAACACGCUGCGGAAUGGACGAGAUCAUCAGCCGGACAGCGGCAGCAGAAAUACGGACGCCAAUCUUCGAACUUGCUGUUGUCUCCAACUUGGUGGCUAAAGGCAUCAAAAAUGGUUUCGUUACGUUAUCCUGGCAGCGGCCUCAUGGUCGGUUCGACUACUGUUCUAUUGAAGCCUUCGAGGACAAAGCUGGUAACAAGAGCAAUGAUGAACACGUUCUAGGUCUCUGCGCAAACGGCACCAUCAUUCGCCCUGAGCAGACACAAGUCACCUGUGGACCAUUUAAGCCUUGCACUACGCUGGCCUUUACAGUGCGCACCCACUUGAACGGUCCACCGGCACUUAUUUCUUCAGGAGUAACUGUAGAAGACAUUUUUAUACCUGGCGAAGAGCCACCUCCGCCGAAGAACGUUUGGAUAAUUCCGUUAUCCUCAACGCUGACACUACUGUACUGGGACUAUCCGGAUAGCGUGACCACCGCCAUCGAUUCUUACACCGUCAAAAUUUGUAGAACAUUCAGGACAUGUGGCUCGGCUGAGAACCUAAGUUUUUGUGAGGAGCACGUGACAGCGCAGACUUCGCUAUAUUUCAACAGCACGGCCGAUACCCCUUACUGCGUGUUGGUCUCGGCCAAUACAACCUGCGGAAUCGACAAAAUCAGCAGCCAGCCAGCAGUAGCGGAAUCACGAACGCCAAUUUUCGAACUUGCCGAAGUGUCCAACUUGCUCGCGUACGCCAUCAGGACUGGUUACGUUGUCUUAUCCUGGCAGCGGCCACAAAGUCGGUUCGACUACUACUCUGUUGAAGCCUUUGUGAAAGACGUCGGCUGGAAAAGAAUUGACACGCACAAGCUUGGCUUAUGCGCCAAUGGAACCAUCGUUCAUCGUGACCAGACGCAUGUUACCUGCGGACCAUUUGAACCUUGCACAACAUUGUCCUUCGUUGUGCGCACUCACUUGACCGGCCAGCCAGAGCGUGUGUCUUCUGGAGUGACAGUAAAAGACAUCUUCAUACGUGCUGAAGAACCACACCCACCGAAGGACAUAUCAAUUAGUUCGGUAUCCCCAUCCGUGUCUCGAUUGCAGUGGGACCAUCCCGAUAAAGGGACGGCCGUCCCAGUGUCCUAUAACGUGACGAUAUGUAGAACGUUCCGGACAUGUGGUCGAGAGAGAAACCUUGGUGAUUGCAGGGAAGAAGUGACGGAACGCAUGUCGGUAACGUUCAACAGCACUCAGGAUACCCCGUACUGUAUACUGGUUACGGCCAAGAGACGCUGCGGCAUGGACGAGAUCAGGAGCUGGCCAGCGGUAGCGACGCUGCGAACGCCGGUACUGGUUCCUCCGGAUGUUACCAAACUACGCGUCGUGAGAGUCGGUGCUGAUUUCUUCAUUGCUGCCUGGGAAAGGCCCAAGAUCAGCUUUGACUUCUACUCGGUAGAAGUUACCAGCACCACCAACAGAAGCAGGACCGGUGUAGCGCAGGAUGCAGUAGGAUCCUGUGUUCAGGGUACGAUCAUCCACCGAGACGGACGCGCAUCGUGUGUAGCCAACUCCCGACGUGUGUCAAUGUGCGGUUCACGGUACAGACACAUAUAAACAAACCAACUGCACGCUAUUCACCGGGCGUCACAAUAAAGGACAUCUACAUUCCAGGCAAAGUUGCCGUGAGGAACCUGACCGUGAGCUACAGUGGGAGACGACAACUUCACCUUGACUUGGCAGAAACCGGAAGGCUGUGUGGACAACUACACAGUCAUGGUGACCGAAAACAGUGCUAGAAUCAGAGGUAAUGCAAUCAACGGACUAGUGUCCUGCAACAAGGGAGGUGUCAUCACUUCGAGCCAGACAAGUGUCACGUGCGAUCAGCCAGUGCUGUGUGCUAACGCCACUAUCAGUGUGAAACCAAAUGUGAGGGGAGCGGCUAACGACACGUUGAGUGGAGAGACACUAUCGGGAGUUCUCCUGCCUGGAAAACAUCCUCCCCCUGUAAGAGACUUGCGACUCUCAGGCCAUCACGCACAGAUACUUCGAGAUAACAUACAAGGCUCCAAAAGAAUGCUACUCCGAUUUCGACCACUAUAUUUCACGGGCCAACAGCAAUUCCAAAGCUAGGUUGAGCUAUUGCCGUGUGCCACAAGACGUCAAGUCGUAUUACUGCAACCUGCAAUAUCAAGGCCUGCGGUAGAGUCAACAUAGGAGCACAAACGAAGUCUACCGGACCGUCAAAGCGUGGCUCACUUUGGGCCGAAUUAACUGGACUCAACACAAAGGAAAGGUGCUGGCCGUGGACUAGCAUCUAGUAGUACCGCGUUUUGUGACCACGUAUGUCAGGUGUCAUUUGUAUGCUUCCGUUGAAUGUAGCGCAGUUUCUAAAAAGCGCAA